AUGAAAAUCAUCACCCAGGAGGAAAAGAACGAGCACAGACAGUAUGUCCUCAUGCAAGGAUUGAAAGGAUGCUUAGCUGGAGCUGCAGUCGGGGUCGGCUUGCUACAGUUGCUAAGGUACAAGAGACCAGUCAAGUUCCACCAAAUGAGCAUAUCCGUCAAGGCUGCCAUUUUCUCGAUGCCCACCAUCGGUCUUGGUGCCUUUGUUGCAGAUCAAGGCUCCGUUAAAUUCGAUGAGCAAAAGUAUCGUUCGGGCUACUUGAAACAAGUCGAGGAUGAACAGCAGGCAACUUAUGACAAGUUGUCGAGCAUGGAUAAGAUUUUGCAUCGCUUGAAUGAAAACAAGUACAAGCUUGUCGUUGGUGCGUGGGCUGCGUCAUUGUACGGGGCUUGGACCCUUGUCAAUAGAGACCGCUACAUGACAAGAACCCAGAAAUUGGUGCAGGCUAGGGUAUACGCGCAGGGAAUCACAGUGGUGUUGCUCUUAGGAACGAUCUUGUUGAGUAUGCAUGAGGAAGAGCUUAAGAAAUCCCAACCUCAGCCUGUGCCCGAAUGGAAGAAACAUCUCCAAGAACAAGGAAAGAUAUGA